AUGGCGAUUGAUGUGGACAAAGAUGACAAGGUUGGCUGUGCUUACUAUAUUGCCAUGGACGAAACACUGGUGCUUGAGGAGGACAUCCCCAUGGGGGGGAUUGAAGCUGUCGACACACUUCUACUCCAUGUUCAACCAACCUCGGUUAUCAUACCGAACAGAGCACCCGGCGAUUUGAUCGAGCUGCUUGAGCGGGAUGCGCACCGGUUUGACGAUAAUGAGGGUUCAUGCAGCGGGCAAGGGGCAUACGUUCUACGACACAUCGUUUCCGCCCAGUUCGACUAUGAAGCUGGAAGGGAAGCGCUAGCGAAGGCUGACCAGGGGCCAUCAAGACCUGACCCUAUCGAAGUCCUGGCGUUGGAGGAGGAGCCCGUGCAGUCUAUUGGCUCUUCUGUCCAUAACAAGCUCAUGCGUCUUUCCGAGAAGAUCAAUCUCGAGAGCUGCCUGUCGAUCGGCUGCGCCGGGGCAGUCCUGAUCGAUCUUGAACGGCGAAGAACUACUGAGGGUGAGGGUCCAUCCUCAGAAGAAGAGGAAAACGGAACAUUCCAGUUCUUGGUGAGAUCCAUCGAGAUGAACACAUCUACAGACACGAUGCUCGUAAACGGAGACUCGUUGAUAUCCCUUCAAAUCUUGCAAUCGGAACUGCACCCUAACCCACAAACACGUUCCUCAAACAGCUCCGAACCUAAAGCAAAGGAGGCCCUUUCCAUCACUGGCCUUCUUCAGGCCUUAGCCUCUAGCGCGCAGGGCAAAAAGAGACUACGACAAAUACUCCUUCGACCAAGCACUAAUAUCGGCCUGAUUCAGGAACGACACAGGAGUAUUGAGACUCUUCUGCACGUCGAUAAUGGGGAGGUUGUGAGGAACAUGCGGAGGCUGCUCAGGAAGCUGAAAAACACCAAAACGUUGCUCCUCCAUGUCAGGAAGGGCGUGGACCGAAUACGGGGCCAGUUAUCCAUCCGAGUUGGGGACUGGAAGGCGUUGCUGAGGUUCGCAAUGGUCUCCGCCCAGUUGAAGCGGUCAGUUCACACACUGAAAGGGGCUUCAGGAAUCGAGAUAUUCGACAGGAUACGCAACGAAGUCGAUGUCAAUCGCUUUCUACAUGUCGGAGAUAUCAUCAUUCGAACCAUUGACUUCCAACUAUCCAAAGAAAGUGGUUACACCGAAAUUCUUUCAGGAGCAAGCGAUUUCCUAGAUGGACUAAGGAGAGAGUUUGCAGAUGUCUGUCGUCUGCUCCCUGAACUGAAGCAGUCCGUGGUGCAGGAGGGUCCGACGGAGGCUGCCGAAUUUAUCCUUCACUGCACAGUCAUGCCACCGUUGGGGUUCCUAGUCGCGGUGAGCCUCGACCCCAACACCGGGGAAGGGGUGUACCAUGGCCAGCAUCACCCCGAGGGUGAGUGGAUGAUGUGUUUUAUAAGCGACGAUAUGGUAUUCUACAAAAAUCAACUCAUGCUAGAUCUCGACUCGCAGUAUGGCGAUCUGCCCUCUCGCAUUGCCGAUGAGGAGAUUGAGGUGAUGAUGGCGCUCUCUACGGCAGUUUUAGAGCACGAAGGGGCGAUUCUCAGCGCAUCUGAACUUUUCGGAGAACUCGACAGCAUGCUUGCACUCGCCUUGGCCGCGGACAAGUACAACUGGGUGGCUCCUACAAUGACUUCCUCAAACGUGAUUGAUAUUGUUGGCGGGCGCCACCCACUUCAAGAACUACUCGUACCAUCGUACAUCCCCAACGACACUACAAUAGCCGGCGGUGAGGGCACUGGACGCUCAAAAGAAGCCAGGGGCCUAGCUCCGUCUAUGCUCAUACUGACUGGGCCAAAUAACUCGGGCAAGAGCGUCUAUAUGAGACAAGUUGCGCUCAUCGUAUACCUGGCACAUACCGGUAGCUAUGUUCCCGCCACUCGUGCGACAAUCGGGGUCACCGACCGGAUUCUCACUCGCAUUGCCACGAGAGAGACGGUUGUCAAUGACGAGAGUGCCUUCUUGGUGGACUUGAAGCAAGCAGCGUUCUCAAUGAACUUUGCAACGCGCCGGAGCCUGCUUCUAAUUGACGAGUUCGGAAAAGGCACGACGGCGGAGAGCGGCUCAGCUCUUUUUACGGCCUACCUCACAUACCUUCUCGAUCUGGGCGUAGAGCGGCCCAAGGUGAUCGGCGGAACACAUUUUCACGAAGUUUUCAACAAUGGCCUCCUUCGACCUGGAAAGGAUGUCGCCUUUGCCCAUAUGGAUGUUCACCUCGACCCAGACGCCGAAGACCCAGAUGAACGAAUCACUUUCCUCUACCACCUGCUGCCUGGGCGGGGCACGUCAAGCCUGGGCGUAUUAUGCGCGGCAACGAAUGAUGUCCCGAGAGAUGUCAUCGACAGGGCCGAAGCCGUUGUAGCUUUGCAGGACAGGAAUGAGAGCUUGGUGGAGGCCUGCUCUAGCCUGUCCGAGGGGGACAAGCAACAGUUGGAGGAAGCAGAACUCAUUGCGAGAAGAUUUCUGGAGCUGCAGGUACCGAAUUCGGGCCGUGGGCAAGGCGAGGGCGCGAUGGUUCGGGAAAUGCUGCAAGGGAUGCUAACUCUAGAGGAGGUAGGAACGCCGCGUCUAUGA